UUGCUGGUCUCGCCUGCCACUGCGCAGGCGCAGACCGGCGGACGAAGAUGGUGCUCAUCAAGGAAUACCGUGUGGUGUUGCCCAUUUCUGUUGAAGAGUAUCAAGUGGGCCAGCUGUACUCGGUGGCCGAGGCCAGCAAGAAUGAGACUGGCGGCGGCGAGGGCAUCGAGGUGCUCAAGAACGAGCCCUACGAGGAAGACGGCGAGAAGGGACAGUUCACGCACAAAAUCUACCACCUCAAGAGUAAAGUCCCAGGAUACGUGAGGAUGCUCGCGCCAGAGUCGGCGUUUGUUUUUCACGAAAAGGCCUGGAAUGCCUACCCCUACUGUCGCACCGUCGUGACGAACGAAUACAUGAAAGAUGACUUUGAGAUCAAGAUCGAGACGUGGCACAAGCCUGACUUGGGAACCGUAGAAAACGUGCACGACCUGGACGAGCAGACGUGGAGAACCGUGGAGGUGGUUCCUAUAGACAUCGCGAACAAAGAGGAAGUGGCGCCAGGGGACUACAAAGCAGAAGAAGAUCCCUCCCUCUUCCGCUCGAUCAAAACCGGAAGAGGCCCCCUCGGCCCCGAGUGGAAGAACGAGCUGAAGACAGACUGUCCGUACAUGUGCGCGUACAAGCUGGUCUCCGUCAAGUUCCGGUGGUGGGGCUUUCAAACCAGAGUGGAGAACUUCAUCCACAGGCAAGAGAAGCGCAUCUUCACCAACUUCCACCGCCAGCUCUUCUGCUGGGUGGACAAGUGGGUGGGUCUGACCAUGGAGGACAUCAGGCGCAUGGAGGAGGAGACCCAAAGAGAGCUGGAGGAGAUGCGCCAGAAGGGCGACGUGCGAGGCACCUCGGCGACAGACGAGUAGACGCCCUCGCUGUAGUCAAACUCUAGAGGCAGGCUGACUGCGUAAAACCGGUCCGAUUCGAGGCACCAGUGCUGCUCACGAGCAAUGAGCCAAACCACCCCGACCCUGUCUUGAUGAUGUCAUCGGAGACACACCCACCACCACCGCCGCCGCCGCCGCCACCGGGAGGAAGUGGCCCUGGUUCCCCGAUACUGUACAGACCCCUCCCCACUCUGCUCCAACAACAACAACAACAACAACCUGGUUUUGCAUAUAUAUAAUUAUAUAUACGUACACAAAGACAAAAAAAACUCUUUGCACAGAUGUAAUUUGCCUGAAAUGUAAAUGAUAGUGAUUCCGAUGGACGGGCUUUGUUUUUACUCUUGCGUGGAGCCUUUUAAAUUGACCAUUAGGAGACGAAUGUGCUUUUUAGACAUAAAGGUCCUCACCAAAACUGGCUGACUCGCGCAGCCGUUGGGCCAUUUUUAUUAUGAUCGCCCCCAUUGUUGUUGUUCUCCGUGUUUGUCUGUACUACAACGCAGUAUUUGUCCGUGUUGUUGAAAGCCCUCCCGCCACCUGUGCAAAUGAUGUCACACCCAUUUUUUUUUCCCGUCAGUGUGCAGGGAGCAUUUGUGACCGGAGCGUUACUCUUUUAAACAAGUAUUCUCCCGCUGUUUCGAACGAUUUUAAAGGCGUACUCAGCCGAGGCCCAUUCGAACCCUGCUCGAGGCCAGUUGACGCCCAAAGUCCAACAGUGUGCUCAAAUGUAUGCUCAUGGUUGGCACACUUCCCUUCUCUAGCACGCUUGGAAGCGCCACGUUAGAUAUAAAUGCGACUACUCAAAACAAUACACAAAGUUUUUCUUUUCUUUAGUCAUCAGCAAUGGAGCAUGGGUUGGUUUCACCAAAACAUUUCUGAACAAAAAGUGGAGAAAACAAGCAUUUUGUGGAAAAACAAACAAACACAUCAAGCACAACAGUGACUUUAACGCUAAUGCUUGCUUUUGUGACACAUCAAACUAGAAAAAAACAAAAACAAGACUGAGAAAGGGCUUUAGAUGGCAAUAUAAUUUAUUUGUAGAUACGUUAUGGAUGGCGACCUCUAGUGGACGAAUAAAAUACCUGCACCUUAAGUGCAGUUUCACAAAUUGUCAUUGGAAUGUAAAUAUGAAACUUCUAUAUAAUAAAAUAAUUAGUCGAUACUUUGCGGAAUUCAUUUACUGUGUGAUUUUCUUGAACGUAACCACCACAGUAAACGAGCGUUUACUGUAUCCAACCAAGAAACGCACCAUGAGCGACGCCAGCUUGCUGCAUGACUAGAGUUGAAUGUCAUUUAAAAAAGUAAAUUUUUUUUUUAACGUCAUUGGACAUUCACUCCAUGAGCUGUUCUUUUUUUCACAAUCGCAGCCCUACUACCUACCGCGACAUAUACUCUUAUUAUACCAUACAUGUACCUCUACAUACUCUUGAGUGUGAGGUACUUAAACUUGUUUGACUGCCAACGUUGGCAUUUCUCUCCCUCAUAAACGUGAGACCCCGAGAUUCAGUGCCUAGUCUUUACCUUCUACUCAAAAGUUGUGCUGAUCUCAGAAGUGAUGCAACGCCACCAUCUACAGGAAACUGCUAGUCAUUACAGCGGUUUACAAGCACGACUAGAAAUAACCCACGGACACAGUUGGAAUGGCCUAGCUCGAGUACGCCCUUGGAUGAAUGAACUCGACACCGUAGAUGGAUGCGGCGGCAAGGCUGCAUUUUAACAAGCGUCGCCGGCUAACUAGCUAAAAACGUUCGAGGUCGUGCUGUUUGUCAUAAGUGUACUUUUCGGGUCGGUAGCGUUUUCAUGUGUGGUUUGAGACUGUAUCGCCUACAUAGUUGAAACACGUACGCGAGGUGUGACAAAAGAAAUGAGCCGGCGCAGUCUCGUUUCUUUAUUGUCACGCGUGUCUGUUGCUCCAAUUGUCAUGGAAGUGUACUGUGGAAAUUGGUUUAAGAGUUUAUUCCAUAUCCUGGAUAUCCAGCUGCAGGUCCAUGUACUAGUAUGUCCUUUGUCAUCACUAGUAAGACCAUUCACCGCCCUAGUAGAACGAGAGUAGUUUUUUUUUUUUUUUUUUUUCCCCACUGCUAGUGCUACUUUUGGCUACUAGUACAACAUUAAGCAGGACGUGAUAUAGAAUUAAUACACAGUUUUGCCUUACUCGUGUCACUUAGUUGCCCUACAAGUAUGACAAAGAGGGUACUAGUACAUGGACCUGAAGAUGAAUAUCGAGGAUGGGGAAUAAAUGUUCAAUAGCUUUUCAUGUGUAUCAGCUUCAUGCGAUGGCUGCAUUAAAAAGAAAAAAAGUUAUCUUUCAACCCGUUCAAACCUCACACAGCAACACGACGACGUGUCAGCUUUCCUCAGCCUCUUCCCUCUGUUUGUCUUUAAUGUUUUUAUUUUGUUUCAGUGUUCGCUAAAGGGAAAUCCUUUUGAUAAUGCCAGCUGGGGUUUGACUGUGAGGGCAGGACUAGAAGCAAAGGCAACAACGUUUUUUUCGAACAUUGGUUUAAAAAAAACAACAAACAACAUUUUUUUUUUUUUUUUCUCCUCCUCCUCCAUUGAUGGAAAGGACCGGGUCGCGAAAGCAACAUUCAGGGGUAUCAGUAGUGAAUGUAUGAUUAUUAGUUACUUUUUUUCUGGUUUAUUUGUCACAGUUGUCAAGCUGUGACUGAAGGUCUGGACAACGGAACACAACAGAAUAUCUAAUAAAUUUCAACAAAUGAGA